ACUGCCAGUUUUUUUAACGACACUAUAUAUUCAUAUUGUGACCACUUAUAGUGUGUAGAGUUUUAAACAUAAAAUAUCUACUUUGUGUGAAGUCAAAACAUGUUUAUUUUAUAUUUACAAAGAGACUGUGUAGCAAUAACCAAUAAUUCCUAAUAUCAAAUUUGAGCAUAGUAUAUCUUUAACACAGAUUGGAGAAUUUGGAAAAUACCAGAAAAUAAUUUUCUCGCUAUUAGCGUUCCCGUGCAUCAGUGUAGGAAGUUUCUGAUGCUUAUUGUCAUACUAUAUACACCGGAACACAGAUGUAAAAUACCGUCCCUGUCAAACGACAGUUAUGCAAUUCAAAAUGACUACCACCGGCGUCUUAUCAAUGAGACCAUACCACUCUCUAGUGACCCGACGCAACCUUACGACAGAUGCCAUGUUUACGUCACAGACGGAAAUUCAUUACACGCGGCAAAUGCGAGUCGCGUGAUGUGCACGGAGUGGGUUUAUGAUAAAAGUGUGUUUACAAGUACGUUUACAUCUCAGAUAAAUUUAGUAUGCAGGGAUUCGUUGAAAACAUCCCACAUUAUGAUGUUUUUCUAUUUUGGUCUGUUAGUUGGUGACUUAAUACUCGGUAUGCUGUCAGAUUCACUCGGUCGUCAAAAGAGUAUGUAUAUAGCCCUGGUAUUCCUGCUGAUAUCAUCCGUGUCUGUGACCUUCACCCCAGAAUUCUAUUCGUUUGCUGUCCUGCAGUUUAUAAUUGGCGGAAGUGGUCAUGGUGCCUUUGUUGCUGUCGCUGUCAUAAGUAUGGAAAUGGUAGGAAUAUCUAAGAGAAUAUGGCCAGGCUUGUUUAUUCCGGUAUUAUUCGCUGUUGGCGUCUGUUAUGUGGCGUUGACAGGGUUUUUGGCGCGAAAUUGGAAGUGGGUGAAUCUUGCAAGCGCGAUCCCGUGCAUUCUCUAUCUGUCAUUCUGGUGGUAA